AUGGCUGACCUGGUCAAAUGGUGUCUGUAUAUCUCGUACUUCUACGGUCGCUUAACCGGGGUGCUGAACUUUGAGAUCGAUUUGAGGACGGGUAGAACCCGCAUUACCAAAUGGGCCACAGCCUAUGCAGCAUGUAUCCAAGUAUCAGCCUUUAUCUUCCUGAUUUAUCACACAUAUAACACGAGAAACAUGAAAACCAUUUGGGCAAAUGCGAAUUUGGUUCAUAGGUGCGUUCUUAUGAUUAUGGCCGUGUUUCGGAUGACCAGUGUCCUUUUGGCCUUGAUUAGUCGUUGGCUGAUGCGAAAACGAUUUGUGCAAUUGUUUAAAUCAUUUCUAUCUCUAUUUCACAAAAAUCCCGAGGCUAUCCAGCACUGUCGAAAAGGAAUUCUUAGCAAAUGUAUCUGUGCCAUGGCUACGGAAAUAUUACAGCUGACAAUGGGACUAACGUUGGCGCGAAAUUAUCUCAAUGUUACCUUGGUGCUGGGCAUUUGCUCAGUCAUAACCAUGACGGCCAUUAUUAAUGUGAUCAUUACCCAAUAUUAUAUUGCAAUUGCGAAGAUACGUGGAUGCUACAUACUCCUUAAUAAAGAGCUUGAAGCGAUUUUAAACGAAGCUCAAUCCUUAGUACCCAACCGACGUGGAGUGUUUGUGACAAAAUGUUGCUCCUUGGCCGACCGUUUGGAUCGAAUAGCUCAAACACAAUCUGAGCUACAGGACCUAACAGAUCGCCUGUCGAAGACCUACGAACUACAGCUACUUUGCAUGGCCCUUACCUAUUACCUGAACUCGGUGGGAAGCUUAUACAUCUUGUUCAGCACUGGACAAAACCAAAACCUAAUCGCGGAUUGGCCUAGGAUCGUUACAUUUCUAGCAGCAGUAUACUUUUUAUUCUUUUACCUCGAUAACUGGAUAACCAUGAACAACUCUUUUUAUCUCUUGGACGUUCAUGCAGAAAUGGUAAAGCUGAUGGAUCAGCGAACUUUUCUUUCGCCAGGCUUGGACAUUCGAUUGGAGACAGCAGUGAGUGAUUUCAUCUGA